GUUGUAAGGGAAAGAGAAAUUUGCCAAAGUGGCUGCAGUUACACAGUAGUGACACGGUGGAGCUAAAUACUGACUCCGGUGGUAAGCCCAGAUGACUCGUCCGAUUCAACCUGCAGAUGAACGCUUUCGCGCUCCCGGAAGGCUGAACCAAAGAGUUAUAGUUGAAAACUACCAUGGGGAAAAGCUUGUGGGGAUUUUGCAUGGUGCAGGUUCAACAGAGCUUGUCAUUUUGUGCCAUGGAUUGCAAUCUUCCAAGGAAAGAAUUCCCAUGGUGAAUCUUGCUGCUGCUCUGGAAAACAAUGGAACUAGUGCCUUCCGCUUUGACUUUGCUGGAAAUGGGGAAAGUGAAGGUCUGUUUCGGUAUGGUAAUUACUAUAGGGAAGCUGAUGACCUGCGAGCUGUAGUGCAGCACUUCAGGGAGGAGAAGUACAUAAUUACCGCAAUCAUUGGUCACAGUAAAGGGGGUAAUGUGGCACUUUUAUAUGCCUCAAAAUAUAAGGAUGUUGAUAUUAUUGUCAAUAUUUCUGGCCGGUUUAAUCUAGUGAAAGGCAUAGAAGGUCGCUUGGGAAAAAAUUUCAUGCAAAGAAUCAAGCGAGAUGGAUUUAUUGAUGUUAAGAAUGCAAGAGGGAAACUUAUCUAUCGUGUCACCGAGGAAAGUUUGAUGGACCGCUUAUCCACUAUUACCCAUACUUCAUGCCUAUUAAUUCCUCAAACUUGCAGGGUACUGACAGUUCAUGGAUCCAAGGAUCCUAUAGUACCAGCAGAAGAUGCUUUAGAUUUUGCCAAUUUCAUAUCCAAUCAUGAACUGCGCAUUAUAGAAGGAGCUGAUCAUGAGUACUCUUGUCACCAAGACGAGUUGAUCCACAUAGUUUUAGAAUUCAUCCAGGCUCAUCGUGAUGGGGACGGAGAUGCACAUAAGCAGGCACAACUUGGAGCAGUAGAUAAACCUCUUCCUUCAAAAUUGUAGCUAUAGCGGCCAUUGGAAGUGGCUGUUGGGAUUGGAGAAAACUGACAGAUCUCACGCCCAUUAUCUUGUUUUGCAUUAUUAUUAUUAGCGCUCCUUCAACAUCCUCCUCUUUUGUAAAGAGCUGUAUCAGUCGUGGUUACUGUCAUGCUCAAAGUUGCUAUUCCAAUUGCAAAUUCUGAUUAGUAGAGGGUUGGCACUCUUGGUCUUGGCCAAUCAAUACCUGAAAGAUUCAAUGGUGAUCAGUUAUUCAGAACUUCUACUUUUAUUUUCCUGAAUGAUCAUUCAUUAUAGGGUGAGAGUACUUGGAAGCGCAAGUAGAAACUGUUCAUAUUUUGACCGAACAACUCAAGCGAUGCGUGGAAUAUUUAUUUUUAUAAUAAAUAUGUAAAAUUAUAUAUGAGAAUAA